AUCUUUAGUUCUUUACUUAAUCUACCUUUAUGCAUGCAGAUGAAACCGAGUGUGGAAUUUAGUACAAAGAAGACUACUAUACCAAACAACGGUUCUUCUGAACAAAUUACGUCUCAGGUUUGGUCUAAAUCCGGAAACUGUCCAAUGGGGACAAUACCGGUUCGUAGAGUUAGUAGAGAAGACAUAAGCAGAGCCUCUUCACCAUCUCAAUUUGGGAGGAAAACUCCUCACAGAUACAGCUUUCUCGACAACGCACUUCAACACAAGGGUGGUAACUUCAAUAUAACAGCUGAAAAAAUAAACCAAGCCCAACCAAGGUUACGAUCGGAGGCAUUUAUUGUGGCCCUAGGGUACAAUUUUGUCGGAGCUCAGUCUGAUAUAAAUAUUUGGAACCCUCCGAGGGUUGAGGCUAGUGACUACAGCACUGCCCAAAUCUGGCUGGUUGGUGGUCUCUCAGAUACUUUUGAGAGCGUAGAAGCUGGUUGGAUGGUGAAUCCGGCCGUUUUCGGAGACUCACGUACCCGUCUCUUCAUCUCAUGGACUGGAGAUGCAUACACUAAAACAGGGUGCAUUAAUCUCUUAUGUGCGGGUUUUGUGCAAACAAGUCAAAAAUUUGCCCUUGGUGCAACCGUUGAACCUGUUUCGAGUGCCUCGAGUACGCAAUAUGACAUCACCGUUAGCGUGUAUCUGGAUCCAAACAGUGGGAACUGGUGGUUGACUUGCGCAAACAACGUGAUGGGUUAUUGGCCAGGGACACUCUUCGCCUACCUUAAACAUAGCGCAACCGCUGUGCAGUGGGGUGGAGAAGUACAUAGCCCUAAUGUAAUACUGAAGAAGCCACACACGACAACCUCAAUGGGGAGUGGACAAUGGGCAUCUUACAUUUGGGCCGAAGCUUGUUACCACACCAACAUUAGGAUCAAGGACUAUUCCAUGCAGAUCAAAUACCCCAAGUAUCUCUCCGAGUACGCUGAUGAAUCAAAAAACGCGACACUGAAAAUGGAAAACCGGUCAGAAAUGGUUAACCGGAGGCAGCAGAAUCUCUUCCUCAUAGCUUCUCCCGACGAGAUUGAUAAGAUCCGUCGAGCCGAAACUUCCAGUCAAGCCGGAGCUAUUGCCGGAGCUAAGGCAGCCGCCGUUGCCGCCGUCGCAAGUGCGAUUCCCACAGUAGCUGCGGUUCGCAUGUUCCCGUGGGCAAAGGCAAACCUCAACUACACUGCUCAAGCACUCAUUAUAUCUGCAGCAUCCAUCGCUGCGUUCUUCAUAACCGCGGACAAAACCAUUCUACAAGGCGCGAGAAGAAACACCGAGGCUCAGUUAAAGAAAGCUCAGCAAGACUCUAAAUAAAGUCUCUUCUUAUUGUAACUCAAAUACUCAAUCAAUCACCAUCUUUCUCUGUUUUUGUAUGCAAAUUUUGCCUUGAUUUGAAAUAAGGGUGUUAUUAUUACAAGGAAUAGCAAAUUUAUAAAGACCACUUUUAUUCAGAGUUUCAGAUUUUAUCUCUAAUAAGUUACAAGCUGGUAGUUAUACUCUUAACUAAAGCUUUUUGCUUUGCUUACCUAAAAGGUUUCUAAUACAUUUGUACAUUCUAG